AUGCGUCUUAACUUUCCACGGAUAGGGUCUACCCUAGUAUUAUUAUCCUCCAUCGCGUCCGCUCAAAGCGACCUCCAACCUCUCGACGACGUUGACAGCCAGCAAAUCACAAUCAAUACCGUUUCCACAUCCGGUUCUGGGUGCCCGAGAAGCGCCGUCUCCGUAUCAAUAUCGCCCGACCGCACCGUCGUAACGCUCGGCUUCGACAACUUCCACGUCGGCAUCGGGCAGUCCUUUUCCAUCUCCGACCGGGAGAAGGAGUGCAACAUCCACCUAAACCUGCACUACCCGGCAGGAUACUCGUAUGCUGUGAUCGAGACGACGUACCAUGGGUUCGCGCAGAUGGAUGAGGGAGUCGAGGGCGCCUUCGAGACCGAGUAUGUGUUUGCCGAUGAGAAAGGGAAAGGCCUGAUUGGCGGGUUGCUAGGCGGACUUCUUGGAGGGCUCCUCGGGGCGGUUGGGGACCUGCUCGGCGUCGUGACUCGGGUCGUCAUCCCCGGCGGUGGUCUUUUUGCCGACGGAGACUCCUUCUCCAUCACGGAGAAGGUUCCGGCAAACAAGAGAGUAUUGGCACCCUGCGACGGAAAGGACGUUAAUCUGUUGAUCCGCACUACCAUCAGUUUAUCAGCAUCCAAGAGAGACGCGCAAGGGCAGUUGGUAGAUGAUGAUGCCACAAUCGACCUCACACAACAGGUCAGACUAGAAUGGCAGAAGUGCCGGUAA